GGAUUUUCGUGCGCUCAAUAUUCUACGAACCCGCCACUAUUGGGCUGCGCGUUAGAGACGCGCUUUUGUGAUUUCUUAUUUUAUAAAUGCCAACUGCAAAGCUGCAUCCGUCUAAUUUGUGCGCUGGUAGACAUGCGCGAAGCAUGUCGGUCGGAAAAUUCGUUCCCCAAGAAAAGUGGUGAAAAUCCUGUAGAGCCUUGUUAAACCGCAGAAUCGCGUCGUUGGAGUUAUUUAAUCUGUGCGAUUUGCAGUUUGGGUUGCUGUUUAGUGUUGCUCAGUUUGCAGUUGAAAGGACUUUCGAGGACUUAUCAAGUGAGAAGUGGCUGUUACGGUGUUUGUAAAAAUGUGGUUAAGAUUGUUCAUUGGUUGUUGUGUGAUAGGAACCCUACUGGCAGAGAAAAAUGUUACUGAAGAGCUAACCACCAAAGAAAAACGCCAAACCGAUCACGAGACUCGAACGGUACCUCAACCGGCUAACCGACGACAACAGCCAAGUGGCGGGUACUUUCAAGAUCCUGAAGCUGCGGCGCACUACUUUGCUCAACAAGCCGGAGGUCAGCUUCUAUUCAGGCCUCACCAGCUGAAGGCAGGCCAAGAACAAUCACAAGAGCUCCCACCGGAAUACAUCAGCUUGCUUCAGCAAUUAGCCGAUCACCAGAAUCAUGCAGCGCCUGUCAAACAACCGAAGCACCACUCCUACGAUGCUUCUAACGCCCAAACUGAACAAUACUAUCAGCAACAGCAGCCACAGCAGCAGCAGCAACAACAACAACAGCAUCAACAAUCCCAGCUUCAUCAUCCAUCAGCGCAACAAAAUCAGAUUCAAUACAUUACCGAGGAGGAAUACGCGCAAAUUUUGAAGCAUGCGCAAGCUCAGAAUCAACAAGCUGCUGCUCAGUCUCAAUAUGCCCGACCAGCCGGAAAGCAAGAGUCGCCCAAGUACCGCCCAUCGGUGCAAUUGCUGGAAACUGGUCAGGAGCACGGUCAAGCCUACGCACAGCCGGAGUCUGAGCAGCCAUACCGGAUUCAAUACAAAAGCAUUCAGCCGACUGGAUCUGUAACUCCCGUUCCAAAGCCAAUUAGCUCCUUUUCAUUCGAAAAAGAACUUGCUAAAUUGGUGGAAUCGAAUCGUCCUAUUGCCUAUCAUCAGGCUGGUCCACAUAGACAAAACGAACGUGGACCACAUGACGGACAACGGUACGUGUUGAAUUCCCAGUCACAUGAAUAUUCCUACGCACCAACUCAGGCUCAUGAGCAUGCGCCAAAGCAAUCAAUCAAAGCUCAGUAUAUAGCGCCUUUUGCUCAACUCCACUCGGGGCCAAAACCAAGCGCGGCACAUCUUCAAGUGGGACCGCAAAAGUUCUCCGAUAGUCCUGCGCAAAAAUAUCAAUUCAUCACACAGGAAGCUCCCAUUAAGGGUCAUACGCCGCAGCAGUACCUUACGGAAGUAUCUGCAAAAUAUAGUCAACACCCCUCGGAAAAGCAACAUGCCGGAACGCCAUCUCCAAAAAUCCAGUAUUAUGUUCCAAAAGAGAAGAAUCUCCAAAUCUACUAUCCACAGCAGGUCGUAGAAAAGCAGCCAACUGAGCAACACACAACACAACACCCAAUGAAGAUCGUUGAUGCUCCACAACUUCAGCAUGAGAAACCACACAAGCAGAUACAAACCCAUCGUCCGAAAGCACAAUACACUGCCAGAGACAAGCAAGCAGAACAAAGCCAGCAAUCAGUUCAAAAAUCUAAGGAAACUGAAACUCCUUCUCGUUCGACAAUUUACGUAUCUCAGCAAACUGGAGUGUCCCCAUCACCGGCUUCUUCUCAGCAGGAAAAACAACAACAACAUCAACAUCACAAGAUUCCGCCCAAGAUUGAUCGUCCUCUUACUCAGGAAGAAUUUCAAGCUUUGGUGGAUGCUGGAUACUCAGUAGUACCGGUGCCUGUGCCAGUGCCAGUGCCUAUUUCUCAGUAUCAUGCGCAACAAGCGGCGGGUCGUGGAUCAUCCGCUACUCCAGCGUCUUCCGCGCGUCACGGCCACGGCCCCGUCCCACAGGCCUCCCGAUACUAUCAACACCAAAUAGCGGCGGAAAACAGUCCCAGUCAAGUAGUUACAUACCUGCGUCCGCUGCAUAUCGAUCCCUUCUCGGCAGGCGUUAGAGGGCCUAAUAAGGCGGCACCUUAAGUGCGGCAACUAACCUAUUGCCACUUGCUUAGCUUAGUUCGUUAGAUAAGUAUUAUAAAUAGUAUUCUAGAGUAAUUUAUCAAUUGUUUCGCCCAUGCACGAAGCAUCUACAUAUGUAUUAUACCACAUAAUUUUGGUAUAGAAAAGAUGAAUUAUUAUUUGUUGAAACCGUGAUGCAAUUGUUACGCAUAUUUAUGAAGCUAUCUUUGUAAUAACUUCGAUUCAAACUAAAUAAAUGUUUUACGAAAAA